CGAUGCGUCCACAGGGGCCGUUUGGGGCCGGGAUUUCGGGGGUCCCUCUCCCCCACGCUGGGCCAAGAUAUUUUCAGUAGCUCAGAAGAUGACCGAAAGCAGGACUGUUAACCAAGAAGAAAUCAUUAAAGAACUGUGCUCCUGCAAUGGUUUGUCCUAUGAGAAGAUUGAGCAAGAAGGCUCUGAAAUUUCCAAACUGGAGAUGUUUUUUUCAGGGUACCCUCGCAUCGUAGGGCUGUCACUGUUUCCAAAUUUAACAAGCCUCACCGUGGUUGGGCAAGAAAUUCAGAAGAUUGCAGGACUGGAGUUUUGUCUAUUUUUGAAGGAGCUGUGGUUGGCUGAGUGCCUUAUCCUGAAAAUCGAAGGUCUCCAAAAUUGUAACAAUCUGGAAAAACUGUACUUAUAUUACAAUAAGAUCAGCAAAAUAGAAAAUCUGGACACACUGACCAAGCUGGAGGUGGUUUGGCUGAACAACAAUCAGAUUAAAAAAGUUGAGGGGCUGCAGAUGCUGAAGAGCUUAAAAGACGUCAACCUUGCUGGGAAUUGUAUAAGCAGCAUUGGGCAGUGCUUUGACCCCAAUGAAAAAAUCGAAAGACUCAACCUUUCUGGUAACCAAAUGUGUUCCCUCAAGGAACUCACUAACUUGGCCAGGCUUCCUCACUUGGUGGAUUUGGGCCUCAGCGAUCCACUGUAUAAGCCUAACCCAGUGUGUCUGCUGUGGAAUUAUGCUACCCACAUCCUGUAUCACAUGCCUAAACUUCAGAGACUUGACACGAUUGAUGUCUCUCAGAAGCCCAUCAAAGAGAUGGCAGAUACUAUGGCCAUGAAGAAAAUCAUGUAUUACAACAUGCGUGUGAAAACUGUUUACAGGCACCUUAAUGAGGAACUCGAGAAACUGAAAGAACGGAAACACAGAUUACAAAAACUGCCUGAAGACCAAAUAAAAUUGCUCAGCUUCAAUAUCAAAAAUCUGGAGCGGGAAAUGUCCGAGCUGCAGGGGGCGGGGAAGCUGCCCAGUCAUCACAAGGAUGAACCUGGAAAGUCAAAGGAUCCAAAGAGCAAAGCUGCCCCAGAAGAAACCCGUCUUGAACACAAGUUCUGUGAAAAACUUCAUCGUCUGAAGGAAAGAAUGACAUUCUGGAGUAAAAAACUAGAUGAAAUCGAAAGUGUUUAUCAGGUCGAAGUCAAGAGGAAGAAAGAAAGCUACAGUUUAUCGGUGCCAUUUCUGCUGACUGAGUUGGAGACGGUGGGAAAUAUUCGUUUUGAAGAAGGCACUCCUUCGGAUGCCUGGUUUAAUUCUUGCCAUGAAUUAAUUCUGUCACGUUUCUGUGCAUGGGACUUCAGAGCAUAUGGCAUCACAGGUGUGAAAAUAAAUCGCAUAAUUAAAAUGCACAACCAAGGUCUGAGACUGAAAUUUGAAGAAAAAUUCCAGGUGUUUUCGGACGAUGAACUCGCAAACGAUUCGGAGAUCAGCAGAAAGAUGCUGGACUGCCUUUUUUAUGUUUUCAACCCAGAGAUCCCACUGGAGGAAAAUGCCCUGCUCCACAUCCUUGAAAAUGGAUUUACGGAAAGCGAAACAAAUGAGCUGUCCGGCAAACAAGAAGCUGUUGUUCUUGCCAACAGCCUGAGCCUGUGCGAACGUCCCCGAAUGGACCUCUUUCUGCGGCAAGCCAAGGCGGGCGAGGGAAACCCCACGGAUCCGGGAGCGCUCACGCACGGCAAACUAAUCGUUACAAAGGCCUUUCUUGGAUGCAGCGUCCAAGCUCGCGAGCAGGAUCCCAUCAGUCAAGUCAAUUAUCCAAUGGCAAAUUCAGUGUUCAAGCCUGAGAAGCAUUUCCAAAGUUCUGCUACCAAAGAUUCAAGUUCUUCAGAGGAACACAGGAACUGUGACUGCAGCGUUCGCCAGUGCACGUGGUUCGUCUUUGAUCACGACCUGGUCUUGCCGGAAUACGUGGUGGAAUUCGAGUACACUACGUUGGUCAAGGCGCACUCAUUUUCUACACUCAGUAAUACUUCUGUCGAAGAAACCAAAAAUUGUUCAGAAGGAUCGCUAUUGCCCCAUGAUUUGAAACUUGAUGAGGAAAUUAUCAACAUGGAGCCUAAAAGGAAGCCCAGAUUAAAACUCAUCAGUCUGGAUGAUGAAACAAUUAUUUCUAUGGCCAAGACAAAUAUUUACAGUCAGAUAAUGAGUCUGAACUUACAUGGAAACAGUCUCAACAGACUGAGGGACCUGUCCAGAUUGACAGGGCUUCAAAAACUCAUCAUCAGUUUUAACGAAUUUACAUGUUUAGAUGAUGCGUACCAUCUGUACAACCUGGAAUACCUGGAUGUAAGCCACAACUACGUCAUAACCCUGGAAGGAUUUCGAGGCCUGAGCAAACUGAAGCACUUGGACUUGAGCUGGAAUCAACUGAAAAAAUCGGGAGAAGAAAUAAAUACUUUGCAAAGACACACUCCGAACCUUCUCAAUCUGGACAUCAGACAUAAUCCAUGGCAAAAGCCAGCCACCCUGCGGCUCAGUGUCAUCGGCCGAUUAAAGGCCCUGACCCAUUUAGAUGGGCAGCCGGUGACUGAGGAAGAGGCCGCCACCGCUUCUCACUUCAUUGCCGGAACCAGGAUUACUCAGGCCACCCUUCUGCAACACUCUAGGACGCAGGAGGCGAGACCCCGUGUUCUUAGCAUAUGGCCUGCUGCUAAAAUCCUAACCAAGAUGGGACCAUGUGUACAGCUCAGUGAGAACUGGAUGUCUAAGAUAACGUCCUUAGACCUGGACGGACAGCACCUCUUCAGGAUCACUAACCUGGAGAAAUUGGAGCGUUUGCGGUGGGCGUCCUUUAGUAACAACAACCUCACUAAGAUUGAGGGCCUGGAAUCUUGUAGCCAUUUGGAAGAACUCAUAUUAGAUGGAAACUGCAUCACAAAGCUGGAAGGCAUUUCAAAACUGACCAGACUGAUGCGACUCAGUGUAAAUAACAAUCACCUCACCGGCGUGGAGAGACAAGUUUUUGAUAACUUGCUUCACCUUCAUUACCUCUCCCUGGAGAACAACAGAAUCACUUCAUUGAUCGGCCUGCAAGGAGUUUAUACUAUCAUUGAACUUUACAUAAGCAAUAACUAUAUUGCUACUAAUCAGGAGAUUUACCACCUAAAGGGUUUACACAAUCUGGUCAUUUUGGACAUGUAUGGAAACCUAAUUGUCUGGAAUCAAGAAAACUACCGUCUGUUUGUAAUCUUCCACCUCCCCAAGCUGAAAGCUUUGGAUGGAAUCGCAGUAGAACAGCCAGAAGCGGACAAUGCGAAGGAUUUGUUUGGGGGCCGACUCACGUCGGACAUGAUCGCUGAGAGACAAGGACAUUCCAAUUUCAGCCACAUGCAAGAGCUGAACUGGACCACAUCUACCAUCAGGACUGUGGAUCUGAUUCCAGUCGAUCAGUUUAGAAACGUGAGCAGUGUGAAUCUGCAGAACAACAACCUCACCUCUUUCAGCGGCUUAGUCUUCCUGCCUAACGUGAAGGUACUGUGCCUCAACUACAAUCACAUCGAGUCAAUAAUGCCCAGGCCCAAGGCCCCGAGCCACCUAACGAGCAGGCAGCUACUCAACCAGAGAGUGGCAUCGAGUGGUUACGGGCAGCACGGACCUCCUCGAGGAAGCAGGGACACAGGAGUCAGUGAAAAUCUGCCUCCAGUGAUGCAAAACUUAGAAGUUCUUCAUUUAGGCUACAAUGGGAUUAGCCAUUUGAACCAACUGCAGCUUAGCAGGCUUAGGAAUUUAAAGUCCCUCUUUCUACAGGGAAAUGAAAUCAGUCAAGUUGAAGGACUUGAAGGCCUCCACAGCCUUCAGGAAUUGGUCCUGGACCACAACCGCAUCAAAGCAAUUACUGAUACUGCCUUCGCUAAGCCAAACUCGCUACUAGCACUCCAUCUGCAAGAAAACAGAUUGCGCGAAUUGACCAAUUUACAGCCUUUGAGAAAACUGGAGAAACUCUUCCUAGGACACAAUAAAAUUCAGGAUGUGGCUGAACUGGAAAAACUGGAUGGUAUUGCGACCCUCCGAGAGCUUUCCAUGCAUGGCAAUCCGGUUUCACACAGAAUGUUCUAUCGCCCUGUGCUGCUAUCUCGGCUGCCUGGCUUACAGGUGAUUGAUGGAGUUGCUGUGAGUUUGGAGGAAAGAGCGAGAGCAGAACUGCAUUAUUCAGAACAGCAAUCUGUUCUGGUUGGCAGCCCCGUGAUGGAUGUUGAAGUUCCUGGCCCAGGGAAAGUGGCUCCCAUAAAGAUAACAAAUGUGGUUCUGCCUGGGGAAUUCAAUCCUUACCUUGGAUCUGACUGUACCUUUCCUCACGCGACAGAAGAUCUUUUCCCAAACGAGAGCAAUAACAGUGAGUGCCAAGUCAAGAAAUCUAAGAACCAAGGAAUUCUGACAAACAACCCUCGGAGCCUCCAUGCAGAAAUGGCUUCCCGGCAGCUCCGGGGAGGAGCGAGCCUCUCCCCACCGUGUGUGCCCCAACAGAACUUCACCUCGCGAACGCCACAAAUUUUCCGCAGCCCCCGCGAUCCCGAGGGGAGGUUACCACCCAGCAAUCUUUCCAGACCAAACCGAACAUAAAUGCCUGCAAAAACAAAAAUGGUUGUGGACCAAAGAAUUGUUGAUCUGUUUCUGUUUGGCUGCAGAAUAAAAACCAGCAGCCAAUGAUUUGGAUAAAACAUAUGGAUAAGUAAA